AGAAUGAUCAACAACAACAAAUCAAUCAACGAAAGUCUGGAGUGGUUGUCUGGAGCAAAGCUUGAACAAUCCCGAGGACAUUAUGGCUGAUAGAGGAGCGCCUUCUCAGCCCCCAGCGACUGCAGGUGGUCAGGAGGGUGACCCAGGGGCCGUGGAGAAUGUGGAGGACCUCACCGGAUUCGUACAAACACUACUAACUCAAAUGCAAGACAAAUUCCAGCACAUGUCGGAUGCGAUUCUGGGCAAGCUGGACGAGAUGACAGCGCGCGUGGAUGAGCUGGAAGCACAGGUCGGUAAUCUUGUCAAGGAGAGUAAAGCUGACCUGGGAAAACUGGAUGAGGAUGAGAAGAAGUAAGCCCCAGCAACCACAUCUACAGAGUAAUGUCUUGAAGUGCUUCUGAAGUGCUAGCCAUCGUCGAGUGGUGGGUGCCCUGUGAACAGUGUGUCAGCAUCUGUGCUGCUCAAGGCUUUCACCACCAUGGCGAGUGUACAUACUUGUGUGUGCUAUGUGUAAAUAUGUCUACUGCCAGUGCGACCACUGGUGCAGCAUCGUUCGAGAACCUAUCUUGCUUUUGCCGGUCCGUCUCAAACACCGUUAGCUGUGAUGAUGGCUUUCUUCAUCUGCUCACGCAUCCCUGUACAAAGCUGAUGGUCUGAGCUAAUGCACUCUUUGCUGGCUGUCACAUCUUUGUGAUGAAAGUCAACGUGUAUCAGGGAGCAUUGAUACAUGACUGUACAUGCUAUUUUUAUCCAAGUUUUCGGUUUUUAUAUGGUUUCUACUAUACCACAGUGGUGAUGAUACUUCAGAACAGUACAAUGAGCUAAGGUGUUCAACUGCAAAGUAUUUGCGUGCACACCGUGCAUAUGUGUUCUGCAGAUGUGGCACAACGUAGUUGCUUGAUUUCUUCGUUUCACGGAUACUGACCUUAGCGUUUCUUCAA